AUGGUAUCAUUAAGAUUAGAUAAUAAUAGAUAUAUAUCAUUUAACCAGGAUUAUGGUUGUUUGUGUAUGGCUAAUGAGAAAGGUUUCAAGAUAUACAACACGAAUCCUUUUACUCAAACAUAUAGUAGAGAUUUGACUGAUAGAAAUAAGAAUGGUUUAUACCUAGCCGAAAUGUUAUACCGAUGUAAUAUUUUAGCAAUAACAGGUAAUAAGAAUGAUAAGAAAGGGAAAUGGGCAAAAAAUGUUUUGAUAAUAUGGGAUGAUAGACAAAUGAGGGAAAUAGCGAAACUAACAUUUUCAUCAAAUAUUAUAGGUGUAAGAUUGUUAAGAGAAAUAAUUGUAGUUAUAUUAGAAUAUAAAUUAUGUAUAUAUAGAUUAAAAGAUAUAAUAUUACUUGAAACAUUAAAUACUUCAAAAAAUGUAUCAGGUUUAUGUUGUUUAUCUAAUAUUGAUAAAAAUAUUAUUAUUGCUUAUUUAUCACCAAUAAAAGGAAGAGUAAAUAUUCAUAUUUUCGAAAUAAAUUCAAGUGAAAAUAUCCAUGAAGAAUUACCUUAUAUAAAUUUUAAAACAAAUUUGAGUAUAUAUGCCCAUGAUAAUUCUAUUGGAUGUAUUAAUUUAAGUAAUGAUGGUAAAUUACUUGUUACAUCAUCAACAAAAGGUACCAUAAUUAGAUUAUUUAAUACUUUUGAUGGAACAUUAUUAAAUGAAUUUAGAAGAGGUACUAAAAAUGCAAAAAUUCUAUCCUUAAAUAUUAGUGAAGAUAAUAAUUGGCUAUGUUUAACUUCUAGUAGAAAUACAGUUCAUGUAUUUUCUAUAUAUAAAAAAAAAAGACCUUUAAGAAAGGUGGAUAUUAUAUGUAAAGGAAAAAAUGUAUCUCCACCAGCUUUACUAAAUUAUGAAAAAGAGUCAAAAAAUAAAAAAUCUUCCUUAAAAUGUUUAUUACCUUGUCAUCCGUAUUUAAAUAGUGAAUGGAGUUUUGCUUCAUAUAAAUUACCAGGCAAAAAAAUUUCAUCUAUUUGUGCAUUUGUUAAUGACCAAAAUUGUAUUAUUGUUAUCUGCUCAAAUGGAAUUAUUUAUAAAUUAAGAUUUAAUGAGCAUAUCGGAGGUGAUAUGUUUAAAAUAUCAUCACACAGUUUUGAUUAA